CAUAGUCAUGAUGUUGGACUUUGUCACUUAUCCUGGCAACCAGCUUCCACCGGAAGUGGCCGCGCAACUCCAUGGUGACGGCGCACGCCUUUCUCAAAUAUUUAGCUACCUAGCCAUUUAGCUAAUGCUAGCUGCCUCGAAAACACUAACUGUAUCUGCGCCAAAUAGAAAGGCAGUAGAAACAAAGUAUUUUAAUUUAACCGAUUAGCGAGUCGUUGGUUUUGCAUGAUCAUGAAUCGUACGCCGGAUGCAAGAUCAAGAGACACCCAGACCAAGCAGAUCCAGGAGAGCAUCACCCAUGUGGAGAAACAUUUUGGGGAGCUGUGCCAGAUUUUUGCGGCAUACGUGCGUAAAACAGCACGGCUGAGGGACAAGGCUGACCUGCUGGUCCGAGAGAUUGGCCACUACGCAGACAUGGAGACACCCAACCUGAAAAAUGGACUGAAGCAUUUUGCGGAUCAGCUUGCCACACUUCAGGACUACAGACAUGCCCAAGUGGAAAGACUUGAUGCCAAAGUGGUUGAGCCUCUGAAAGCUUAUGGUACUAUUGUGAAACUGAAAAGGGAGGACCUGAAACUUACCCAGAGUGCCAGGAACCGAGAAGCAAAGCAGAUACAGCAGCUGGAGAGAACGAGACAGAGGAACCCCUCUGACAGACAGAUCAUUUCACAGGCUGAGAGCGAGCUGCAGCGAGCCACGAUGGACGCCACACGCACGACUCGCCAGCUCGAGGAGACAAUAGACCUGUUUGAAAGGCAGAAGAUCCGAGAUAUCAAGAAAAUCUUCGGGGAGUUUGUGACUGUGGAGAUGGUGUUUCAUGCCAAAGCGUUGGAGGUCUACACUACUGCCUAUCAGCACAUCCAGAAUGUGGAUGAAGAAGCAGAUUUAGAGGUUUUCAGGAGCACCCUGCAUCCCUCUGACUAUCAGUCACGCAUCGAGAUCGUCUGUUCUAAUUCCAAAACGUCCUUAAAUCACACCAGCACGUCUGUGAGUAAAUCAGGGUCCUUGCAGUCAAGUACUACAAAAGGACAGAAGAAAGGGGUUGAAGACGAAGAAGAGGAGGAGGAAGGUGAUGACGAUGAUGAUGAUGAUGAUGAUUUGGAGGACGUUACAGAUGAUGAGAAAUAACUAAACUGCUUAACGGCUUCUUGUGCCAUAGUAUUUUUUUAAACAGUGUUGUAACUAAUAUUUCUCUAUUGCACAGCCAUCUAAUGUGUUUUUAAUCAACCAGCAGUAAUUAUUAGCUCGAUUAUUAGUGCCUGUAAAGAUUCAUUUUUUUUGUGCGUUUUAUAUAAAGCAUGUACUGUAAAAUUCGACUUUUUUUUUUUUUUUUUACUUUAGAUCAUUUGAAAUGAAAUGUUUUUGACUCGACUUUUUUUUUUGUUUUGUUUUUUUUGUGCCAACAGUGUUUAUUUCUGAGUGCAUUGUUAAAGUUUAAAAUUGGUAUGGUGAAUUAAUAUGUGACCAAAUAAACCACAAUUGUGUUAUUUCUAAACACUUG